CAACUCUGGAAGCAAAUGAGAAAGCCGUUUAUAAGAGAAAACCGGUUAGGAAACAAAAUCCAAAAGCUAGAACUUGGAAAAAAAUCCUUGAAAGAAUUCGGAAACGGCAGUCCUUCUGAUGGAGAAAUCAGGAGGAGGAGGAGCGGCGGCAGCGACGCCGUCAAUAGAAGGUUCGGGAGAGCUACAAUGCGUAGGCAAAAUGGAAAUCGUAAAACCAAAGCCCGUUGGUUUUCUCUGCGGUUCGAUCCCCGUUCCGACUGAUAAAUCCUUCCAUGCUUUCAACUCAGCUCUCGUUCCCUCUUCCCGCCAAACAGUAUGUGCGCCGAGAUAUCGGAUGCUGCCGACGGAGACUGACUUAAACAGGCCGCCGCUCGUCACUAAUUUGCCUGAAAAAGUGCUUCCCAUUGGGGCCGUACAGUCCAAGGCUACUGGAGAUAUAAUAUGGGAGGAUGGUGCUGUUGCAUCUAAUCUUAGUAGGAAAUGUGAGGCACUUGCUGUGUCUGGUUUGGUGGAAUAUGGAGAUGAGAUUGAUGUGAUUGCUCCAGCUGAUAUUCUAAAGCAAAUAUUUAAAAUACCAUAUUCUAAGGCUCGACUAUCAAUUGCGGUUCACCGUGUUGGACAAACUCUUGUUCUGAAUACAGGGCCUGAUGUUGAAGAGGGAGAGAAAUUGGUUAGAAGACAUAGCAAUCAACCAAAAUGUACAGAUCAAUCUUUGUUUCUGAAUUUUGCUAUGCAUUCAGUUAGAGUGGAGGCCUGUGAUUGUCCACCAACUCAUCAAGUAUCACAGGAGAGGCAAUCAGAUUCAUCUGUCCUUCCUGGGGGAGGGACAUCGCAUUUUGUGGCAGAGACUGAUGAUAUUGCUCGAAAAGAAGGGUUCGACCACUGUUCAGAGUACUCACAGGUUAAACAGGAUGGUUUCUUUUGGAGAAGUAAGAAGGGUAAGAGGAACAAGAGCCAUGAUCCUAUCAAAAAGGCCACUCAUGUUGGUGAAAAGCCCAGAUGCUCUGUGCAAGAGUCGGAAAAGCAUAGAAGAGUUGGCAAUAAUGGAUUCUUAAGAGUGUUAUAUUGGCAGUUUCACAAUUUCCGCAUGCUCCUUGGUAGUGACUUGCUUCUGUUCAGUAACGAAAAGUAUGCUGCUGUGAGCUUGCACUUGUGGGAUGUAACACGACAGGUUACACCAUUAACAUGGCUUGAAGCUUGGCUUGACAAUGUCAUGGCAAGUGUGCCUGAGUUGGCCAUCUGUUAUCAUCAAAAUGGUGUUGUCCAGGGUUAUGAGCUUCUAAAAACAGAUGAUAUAUUUUUAUUAAAAGGCGUUGCUGAGGAUGGAACUCCUGCUUUUCAUCCCCACGUUGUUCAGCAAAAUGGCCUUUCUGUUUUGAGGUUCCUUCAAGAGAACUGCAAGCAGGAUCCUGGUGCUUAUUGGCUAUAUAAAAGUGCCGGUGAAGAUGUAAUUCAACUUUUUGAUCUGUCUGUCGUUUCCAAGAACCAUUCUUCUAGUGAUUGUGAUGAUAGCUCAAGCUCCUUGCCUUCUCUAGUACACAGAGGGAGAAGUGAUUCUUUAUUUUCACUUGGAACUCUCCUCUACCGCAUUGCUCAUAGGCUUUCACUUUCAAUGGCAACUAAUAACAGAGCCAAGUGUGCAAAGUUUUUCAAAAAAUGCUUGGAUUUCCUGGAUGAGCCAGAUCAUCUGGUUGUACGUGCAUUUGCCCAUGAACAAUUUGCCAGGCUUAUUUUGAAUUAUGACGAAGAAUUGGAUCUAAUGCCUGAAUAUCUUCCAAUAGAGUGUGAGGUUACGGUUACUGAUGGUGGUGAAGAAUCUGCAGAACCUUUUAAUGGUUUUUCUGAAUCUGCUGUACAUGACUUCUCUCUGGUUGCUGAUAACAAAUUAACGGAAGAUGGAACAGAUUUUCAUGAUCUAGCAUCUGAAGCUUCUGCAAAGAUGACUUUGGAAACAAAUCUAUCUGCCCCCAGGAAAUUGAUAACAUUGACUGACACAGAAUUAGGGGAUGAAGAAAGUGUCGUGCCAAGGUUUCAUGGUGAUGAAAACUUCAUGGUAUAUAACAUGUCUUCAACAUCUGAUGAUGUAGUUCAACCUGUUACUGAUCCAAUCUCCUCUAAGCUAGCAGCCGUGCACCAUGUUUCUCAAGCUAUCAAGUCUCUCAGAUGGAUGCGCCAACUGCAAACCUCUGAACCACAGUUGGUCAACCAUGACCAGCUACCUUCAUCUAUGAAUUUUUCUGUUUGUGCAUGUGGUGAUGCUGAUUGCAUUGAAGUUUGUGAUAUUCGGGAAUGGCUGCCAACCUCCAAACUGGACCACAAGUUGUGGAAACUUGUUCUUCUCCUUGGGGAAUCUUAUUUGGCACUUGGACAAGCAUACAAGGAGGAUGGUCAAUUGCAUCAAGCUUUGAAGAUAGUAGAAUUAGCUUGCUCUGUUUAUGGGUCUAUGCCUCGGCAACUUGAAGAUUCAAGAUUUAUUUCCUCAAUAGUUAAAUGCUCACCAUCCCAUACAAAGUUCAGUGACCAAGAUGAAAAGAAAAAUUCUUUUACUGGUGAUGUGAAAGAAGUGAAAUCCAACUCUGCUGACAACUGUUAUAUUGUUGAGCAAUUUUCAUCCACGUAUCUGUUUUGGGCAAAUGCAUGGACGCUAGUUGGAGAUGUGUAUGUUGAGUUCCAUAUAAUUAAGGGUAAAGAGAUCUCUACACAAGCAGAGAGAAAAACUUCUACCAGAGAGUUGAAAAUGUCAUCUGAAGUCGUGAAGGAAGUGCAAAGGCUCAAGAGGAAGCUGGGCCAGUAUAAUCAGAACUGUACUUCAUGUUCCUUGGUGAAUUGUAGCUGCCAAAGUGAUAGGGCUAGCAGUGGUAAUAGUGCAAGCAGCAGUGGUGGAGAUACACAUGCGGUAACUUACAGCAGAAAACAUGGCAAGAGAUAUGUAAAGAAUAGACAGAGUCCUGAUAGUGGACAGUUCUGGCACAAUGGAGAUGGUGACAAUAUAAUAAGAGUUUCUAAUACUAUUAAAGAUGAGCCUGGAGUAAAUUCAUUGGCAACUACUAAUUCUGAACCAGCGGAGGCUUCCUUUGAAGUGCAUGGCAAAAAGUCCAAAGUGGCCAUCGAAACUGAAAUUUCUUUAAAAGAAACUCCCAAAUUGAAAGAUGGUGGCAUAUUCAAGUACCUUAGGAAUACUUUAGUAGCAGAUGCAGAACACAAUCUCUUAUCUGCCUUGAGCUGUUAUGAAGAAGCAAUAAAGGCUUUGGGUGAACUUCCUUCUGGUUCAGCAGAUCUACAGUCUGUGUUAAAAAAGAAAGGAUGGGUUUGUAAUGAACUAGGACGAAACAGGCUUGAGCUGAAAGAGUUAAACAAAGCUGAACUUGCAUUUGCAGAUGCAAUAAAUGCAUUCAGAGAAGCUUGGGACUACACCAAUAUUAUAUUAAUAUACUGUAAUUUGGGUCAUGGAAGACGAGCAUUAGCUGAAGAGAUGGUGACAAAGAUGGAAGGUCUGAAACUGCAUGAGGUUUUCCUUAAUGCAUAUAAACAGGCUUUGGAAACUGCAAAACUGGAGUACAGUGAAUCACUCAGAUACUAUGGGGCGGCGAAGUCAGAAAUGAAUGCUAUAAUGGAAGAGGUGUACUCUGUGUCAAACAGCUUGAAGAAUGAAGUCUGUACACAGUUUGCUCAUACAUAUCUGAGGCUUGGAAUGCUAUUAGCGAGAGAAGAUAUAACUGCUGAGGUUUAUGAAAAUGGAGCUCUUGAAGAUAUAUCCUACCCACGUGACAGAAGAGCUAGGAAAAAGCUGAGAAAGCAUGAGAUAACAGCCAAUGAGGCCAUUAUGGAGGCAUUGUCAGUGUAUGAAUUACUGGGUGAAUUACGUAAGCAGGAGGCUGCUUACACUUAUUUUCAGCUUGCUUGUUACCAAAGAGAUUGCUGCUUGAAAUUUUUUGUGCCAGAUCAUAAGAAAAGUGGCUUGCCUAAGGGUGAGAAAAGCGUUCACCAGAGGGUCAAGCAAUUUGCUUCCUUGGCUGAUAGAAAUUGGCAAAAGGCAAUUGACUUUUACGGCCCUCAGACACAUCCCAGCAUGUACUUGACUAUUCUUAUUGAGAAAUCCUCGCUUUCGUUAAGCCUUUCAAGCUCUUUCCAAUCAAACAUGAUGCUGGAAUCUGCACUGUCCCGUCUACUCGAAGGACGCCAUGUAUCGGAAGCAUUCUCGAAUUUGUUUACAACAGACUACCCUGAAUUGCAUGCAAGAUUUUGGAGUCAGUUGCAGACGGUUUUGAAGAAAAUGCUGGCUGUGAAUGUGUCUGUAAAUUCCAACAAAACUUGUUCUUCUUCUGAGACAGGUAACAAGUCUGGAGAUGGUGGAAAGCUGAGGGAGCUCUACAAAAUGGCUUUGAAGUCGAACCACUUAGGGCAGUUGCAUGCAAUGUACACCUUGUGGUCAUCAUCAUAAAUCUCUAAUGGUGCAACCCAUGGAUAUUUCAUAUUUUUUAAGGUAUAGUUUCUAGACCUUUAUAUUAUGCUUUGUUUUCAUUUGUGAAUAAUGUAACAGCGCAAGGAUAAUUAUUAUAAUUUUUUUUCAUAAUUCAAACAUUAAAAAAGAUAAUGGUCUUGAUCGACGUGAUAUAAA